UUGGCAAAGUUAUUGGUCGUCUGUGAUCAUACAUAAAAAAAACAACACAACAAAACCACAAAACUUUAGAUUUCGCCUUCGGAUUAAUUUAAAAUAAAUAAAUUAAAUUGAAUAUUCAUACAUUGUAGCUCAAAAUAAAAUAGUUCUUUUCUAUAAUCAUAGUAUUUAUACAAAUUAGGAAGAGUUGUCAAUUCCAGUAUGAUCUAAAGAAAUACCUUUAUCUAAUUCAAUUUUUGUUAAGGUUGCUGCCAUUAUAAAGUGUUUAGAAUGGAAAGUAUAAGAAGAUCAUGGAAAUUACAAGAAUUUGAAGGACACAAGGCAAAUGUCAAUUGCCUGGCAAUGGGACAUAAAUCAAACCAAGUUAUGGCUACUGGGGGUGAUGAUAAAAAAGUUAACCUAUGGGCUAUUGGACGUCAAGAUUGUCUUAUGAGUUUGAGUGGUCAUACAACACCUGUGGAAUGUGUUUGUUUUGGACACUCUGAAGACUUGGUUUGUGCCGGCUCUCAGACAGGCGCCUUGAAAAUUUGGGAUUUGGAAGCUGCUAAGCUUUUGAGAACAUUUACAGGACAUAAAGGGGCUAUAAAAUGUAUGGAUUUUCAUCCUUAUGGGGAUUAUUUGACUACAGGCUCAUGUGAUAGUAAUAUUAAACUGUGGGACACAAGAAAGCGAGGCUGUAUUGUUACUUAUUCAAGCCAUCGGCUUGCUGUUAAUAGCCUUCAAUUUAGCCCGGAUGGACAGUGGAUAGCGUCAGCAUGUGAAGAUGGUUUCGUGAAAGUUUGGGAUGUGCGAGUGGGAAAGGUAUUACAAGAGUUUCUAGAGCACACGUCAGCUGUAACUUGUGUCAAGUUCCACCCUCAUGAGUUCCUGCUGGCCAGUUGUGGCACAGAUAGAACUGUUAACUUCUGGGACAUGGAAAAGUUCCAAUUAGUAUCCAAAUUUGAAAAAGAAAACACAUCUAUAAGGCACAUAGCAUUCAGUGACGAUGGUGCAACUCUGUUAGGGUGUGGAAAUGAUGGCUUACACGUGAUUGGAUGGGAGCCGGCGCGGGUGCUUGACAUUGUCAAUGGCCACUGGGGACAGAUACAUGACAUAACUGUUUCUCAAACACAACUCAUUGCAGGCUCUUUUCAUUCAGCUUACAUAGUUUUAUCCGUGGUCGAUCUCAGUAAAGUGCACCCUUUCGGCGGCCCGCCUCCCGCGCUACCGACCGUCGUGCAAGACCUCUCACCGUUCCAAAAAGGCCAAUCAGUGCGUAAGAGCUUCUCAAAGGAGAAGCCGCCAAAAGAAGUGAUGCACCGACCGACACCCCUGGACGAGAAGACGGCUGAGGAGUCCACGUCCGGCACGGAGGCGGACGAAGACUCAGGUGCAGUUAUACCUAAUAUUAAUGACUACACUGGAAUAUUCCGCCCGUCUAGAGCAUUGACACGGACACCUCCGCCAGCAAGUCUUUCAUCAGAAGACUUUUCAAUGACAGGGUUGGAGGGCGAGAGCGCGGCGCCGGCCGCCGGCACGUCCCUGCGCGCGCUGCUGCUGGAAGAGCGGCCGCGCGACUCGCGCAUCCCCACGCCGCACGCGCCCCACGCUCCCCACACGCCCCACGCCGCCAACCACCAACAACACUACACUGUCAGGGAAAAUAAAUCACAAAUGUUCUCUAGGAUGAUGGAAACCAACAAAGAUGAAAAUUUAUACUCCACAACGCAAAUAUCUAUGAAUGAAUACACUGCCACCGCUCUAACCACCACGUCAUUGAACCGCCAUAAUUCAUAUAAAGAGACCAAAUCUACCACGGACAUACCUCCCAAUAGCCUCCGUCAAAGUAACAGUGAGGUAUCAUUAGGACCACCAUCUCUAGGCCCUAGAUCAUUAUCUUUCACCCGACCAUCUACUCAAAGCUCAAGAACACGGUUGGACAGCACGGAGGCGCAGCGCGAGCCGGAGCCCGAGUUCAUCCCCUACUCCGCCGACCGGCCAGUCGGACUCGACCUCGAUGAGUUCUUACCUCGCGGGUUCACGGCGGGAGGCGUGCGGCGCGGCGCGCGCGGCGCGGGCGCGGAGCCCAGCGAGCAGGAGGUGCUGGGCGUCAUGAUGCGCGGACACGACUCCAUGAUGGCCGUGCUCGCCGCCCGCCAGCGCGCCCUGCAGAUUUUCCAUUCAGUGAGGAUUAACAAAAGUUUAAAAUCUGCUUUAGAAUCUGCGAUCGCUUUGGAGGACGCAUCCGUGAUUCUAGACAUUCUUAAUGUUAUGGCGCAUAAACCAUCGUUAUGGAACCUAGAUAUAUGCCUUCUAAUGCUGCCUAAAAUAUAUGAACUGCUACAAAGUAAAUAUGAAACGUACAUGCAAUGUGGUUGCAAUGCAUUAAGGCUAAUAGUGCGCAACUUUUCGUCGGUUGUGCGCGCUAACGUGAGCGCCCCAGUGCGGACUCUCGGCGUCGACAUUCCGCGAGAAGAGCGGUACACUAAAUGUGUGCAAAUCCACCGCCUGUUGCUCGACAUACGCGCCUUCCUCCUCAAGCGGCAGACGCUGCAGGGCCGCCUCGGCGCCGCCUUCCGCGACCUGCACACGCUCAUGCAGCAGGGGCUCGACUGACGAUACCCAUCAAAUGUCCCAUCGGGGACAUUGUUCUUUUAAAUAAAAAAAAUAACUGGUCAUUAAUGAAAAAUUCUUACAAGGGAAGAUCAAAUUACUAAAUAUUAUCAUCGAGUAACACUUAAGUAUUAAAACAAACAUUAAAUUAAUUAGAUUUUAUAUUCCAUAGCACACAUAGAAAAAUUAAAAGAUGCCAUAUUCAUAAUUUAGUCUGAGCUAUUUAUUACAAAACUCGACAAACCACUAGAUAUUUCAUAAAUAAAAUUAAGACAUAGAGGCCUGUUACACUUACAAUAUUAUCACGCGAUACAC